GUUGCGUUUCGCGUCGCGCGUGCUUCUGUUUACGUCUUGUUCCGAUCGAUUUCGGUGCGGUGUGUUUUGUGGGUGAAAAUCUUGUUCCCGGAUGGUUUACCGUGAAGAACAUUACAGUCACUUUAGUUUACCGGAAACCAUAUAUAGGAAAGUGCUUAUUUCAAGACUUAGUGUGGAAUUUGUGUAUAGAGCGAAAGAUUCAAAUAAGUGUUGAUUUAUUGGUUGCAGCCCGGGUGUGUUGUGUUCGUUCAGUUCUUGGAUAGUUCCAAAUCCAAACUAAUUUUCUGAUAGAUCAAAUUCACCGAAUUGAAGGCAUCUAUACUUUGGGUAAAAUCAAUUGCUGUAGAACUAUGUUCAAUAAUUUAGGUUGACGGUCCAAUCUUCCUCUGAUCUUGUGUGUUAUUCUUAUUGGAAGCCCUGAUACACUUGACUUCGGAACGCGUAUAUUUCAGGUAAGCUUCGAUUGGGAUCAGCAACGUGGACUUUCAUCACCUGGCAGCUCCCCUUCCCGUGUAAAUUAGUUUGACCCCCACCACGAAAGGAUUCCCAGUUAGCAGCAAUCGGCCCCGUUCGAGCAGAACACCGUCGAAAAGGCAAAAACCAAAUACGACACGCCCCACCGGAACGACAGAUUAUGGUUACCAGCCACGACGACGAGAGCAUCCGAUCCGAGGAGCAUCCUCCACCUGUGCGAUCAGCCGCUUUGUCAACACCUGCGGUGGCAUCAGCCGCAGAACCGGAGGCAAUGGAGACGGACGGUGGUAGCGCCACCGUCAUCAGCACCACCGGCGUUGAAAGCACAUCCGUGGCACGGGUCCCUGGGGCGACAUCCUGUUCGUCAUCAUCCGCAUCGGUAGUUGGCGCUCGUCAUGGUGCGAUAGACAGCAAAAGGCCAAAGCUAACAGGAUUUGAGUUUUACGAGAAAACUCUGGGCUCACCGAAGUAUGUGGUAGCUCCAAUGGUAGAUGCCAGCGAACUGGCCUGGCGUUUGUUGAGCCGCCGCCACGGUGCCCAACUGUGCUACUCGCCAAUGUUCCACAGCAGCUGCUUCAGCAAGGAUCCAAAGUACCGGAAGGAUUCGUUGCAAACGUGCCCCGAAGAUCGACCACUCAUCAUUCAGUUUUGCGGCAACGACCCGAAGGUGCUGGUGGAGGCUGCCUUGCUGGCUCAGGACCACUGCGACGCAAUCGAUAUCAAUCUCGGCUGUCCGCAGGCGAUUGCCAAACGGGGCCAUUAUGGUGCCUUCCUGCAGGAUGAAUGGGACCUACUUAAGGAAAUCGUCUCAAUACUCCACAAGCAAUUGAGCGUUCCAGUGACGUGCAAAAUUCGCAUCUUCGAGGAUAUGAACAAGACCAUCCAGUACGCCAAGAUGCUGGAAGCCGCCGGGUGCCAAAUGUUGACCGUUCACGGUAGAACUCGUGAGCAGAAGGGACCACUGACCGGUAUUGCCGAUUGGAAGUAUGUUAAAAAAUUGAAAGAGAUCCUCAAAAUCCCUUUGCUGUCCAAUGGGAACAUCAUGUGCGUUGAGGACGUACAUCGUUGUAUGCAGGAAACCGGUGUAGAUGGUAUCAUGACAGCCGAAGGAAAUUUGUUCAACCCAUUUUUGUUCGAGGGUGUCAAUCCAACCGCGUGGAGUGUUGCUCUUGAGUACUUGGACAUUGUGGAGCAGUAUCCGGCUCCAAUAUCUUACAUACGUGGACAUUUGUUCAAGAUUUUCCAUCAUUUAAUGAACUUAAAACCGAAUGCAUCCUUCCGUGAACGAAUGGCUAUCUGCCAUAGUGUGCCGGAGUUUCGAGCGAUUGUUCAAGAACUCAAAGCUAAGUACGCUCCUAUUCACGAAGGUCGCCAACCUUGGACCGAUGAAGAACCCAGCUUACCAGCUUCGGACUCUAUUCAGGAACCGAUCUACAACCUAUCGCUCCCACCGUGGCUCUGUCAACCGUACAUCCGUGCACCACCGGAAGUACACCGUCAAAAGCUCCAGGAAGCAACGCGUCAGGCGGCCGAUCCAAAUCGUGAAAAACGUAGGUUCUAUGAUUCGGAAGGGAACGAAGUGUCCCAUAAGAAAAUGAAGAAAAUGCGACGCGUCCAACGUAGACCUAACCGCGCUGGUCUUCUGCCGGGAGAUCCAAAUCGUCAGCCGGGUAGGCGGUUCGAUGAUAUUUGUAAAAAUGCUAAAAUUAAAUGCAUUAAUCCGAUGGGUAUGAAAUGUGAAUUCACGCUGUGUCGUGUCUGCUGCAAGAACCAUUGCUACCACACUAAUCAGGACUGUGCCGGGCAUAAAAUUUUCAUCAAAUCGCGUCGCGACAAAGCGAUAACGCUGACCGAAUUGGAGAGGCAAGCUGCCUUGAGCAGUAAGGAAGAUAAACAACAGCAAUCUAACGUUCAACAAAAACAGAUGGAUGUCGACAGCUGAUGUGAAAUACGAAGGUAUGACUACUACCUCCAGUUUUGUUUAUAACGACGAAUAGAAUUAUCUUAUUAUCUUAAUAAGUAUCUGGAGAAUUAUUAAGAAAAUGUUGAACUACACAACUAAAAUUGAAAAUUUAUGCCGAUAAUCCCUUAUAACGAUCCAAACUCAAAUACUUGAAUGGCUUAAGCUAAGAAUUAUAGAAUUGUCGUACAACAGAGGCUUCCUGCUCAUUUU